AGGAACCGGUUUGCUGUUGCCUCUUGUGCGCCUCAGCGGACGUUGGAACGUCAGUCGCCAGUAUGCCGAUAGCCAGGAGGGCUUGGCUCAACUGGAUCGUCGCCCUGCAAGCGCUGGCGGUGGCGAUCGUGUUCGCGUGCUCCAGAGAGUGCUUCUGCGUGCCAAUCGUAACUCCGUCGAAGGGCAGGACCCGCUUCGCCAACAUCUCCAUCCACAGGAACCAGCCACCCCGUAAGCCUUUGCCUAGCUUGCACAAACUCAACACUUCUUGCCUUCAGGACCACACCUUCUGCGAAAGUCUCCCUGGGUAUCCAAAGGAGCUCGUGACGAGCGUGAUGCAGCUGCGUGGUGCACCAUUCCGGAACUACUUCGCGGAAGUGGACCGCGACGAGGCGCUGCUGGACGACCUAGCGCCGCCAUCGUCCGAGCAGCGGGUGCGCGUGCCCUUCGGCAGCGACGUGGACGAAGCGCAGGUGUGCGACGUCCGCGUCGAGGUGCGCUACCCGCGCUUCGGCGUCGACAAGGACGGCGACAUGCGCCUCAUCGUCAACGACGGUGGUGACUUCAAGCAGCCCGUGCGCGUUGAAGUCUGCAGAAACGAAGGCGGCACAUGCGACCGGAUACACGACAUGCUGCCGGCCGGCCACUCGACUCGCUGUGCCACCAAAUACGUGAACCGGGUCCUUGUGGCGCUCUUCACCGAAGACAACCGUGUCGAGCCCAAGCCGACCAAGUUUGCCUUCCCAGCGGCAUGCGUCUGCUACGUGCGCACCUAUUACUACCCGAGCAAAGUGUGACAAAAGAAAAAAACAAGAAAGCAAAGAAAAGCCGUGCUCUGUGCGCCGCUGAUGAUGGACUGCAUUUGGCAGCGCGUUCGCGGUACGCGGAGAUCUUGUGGUCCCCAACAAGGCCACGAAGCCACCGACGGCCCAGCCCUAUGCCGGCGCUAGGACCACGACAGCUGCACCGUACCACGCUCUGUAUCGCGCGGACGAUGUCGGCUCCGAGCCACAUGCGUGCUAUAUAUACGCUGGUUUUGACCCAGGUCUCCCAUACCUGGCACAAUGUUUCGCGCCCCACCACACCUCGUCCAAUCACACUCAAGAUAUACCAUCCCUCCCGCCUCCCAUUUUUGUUUCUUUCUGUAUAUUUUAUUAUGGCAAAGACUGCGUUCCUGAGCGCGCGUUGUAUAAACGGGGGACCUUGGAGGGAAGAGUGCUGUCGCGAUGUAUCGGGGGAGCAAGAAAACAGUGGCAAGUACAAUUGCGCCAGAGAAAGCAAUAGACGGGACGGCCAGUGGACUUGCCAUUCCAUGGAACGGAGGACUCCUCCCGUCUGCUUCUUCCUCUUGUGUGAGUGUCCUCGUAUCUGGACUCGUGGGUGGUAAACGUCAACGAGGCACCUAGAAGACACGCGUGAUGUUUUCGUUUAAAGAUAUGCAGCCCCGCACUGCACCGCAGUCUGUAGCAACUAUGACAAGAAAAAAAAGUAUGCUAGAAAGAAUGAAGUCGCUGUAAAAGAAAUUUGCUUUGCGGUAGGCAAGGACCUAAACAAGUGCACCAAAAGUGCUACAAGCCUUUUUGUCGCUCCUUGUAGGUAUAUUACUCAGUGAAAUUUCUACUGCCUGCGUGCGCAUUUUUCAGGGACCUGUAAAAGGUGCUUGUCGUGUGGGCUUCAUGUGAAAUCAUUUUAAUACUGACGUAAACACGUCGAUCUCUUUAGAUAUUGAGAAAAAAACACCUGAUUAAAUCUGUGUAAUUAAAUAUAGGUAUGCAAAUAUUGGGCAGAAAAGAAGUAGGCGUCUUUACAGUGCGGUGCUUCUUCUUCUUCUUCAUCUUCUAGUACAAUGCUGGAAAAUUUCAGUGCCUUCAUUUUUCAUCACUCUCCUUCAAUAAACAUCGCUUCAUAAUAAGCCUUCA